CCGGGUAACCGCGAACGCGGCCAGCGCGGCUGUGGCGCUGCUGCUCCACGCUCUGUCCGUGCCCAACGCGCUCCUGGCUGGGUGUUCGCAGCCUGGGCUCGGGCACGAGACUGCUCUGGGCGAUUCGCCGAGAGAAUUUUCACCGAGACUAUUGCGAGUGUUCAAUUGGCAGAGCAUUGGUCUCUGCGAGGAAAUCCCGAAUUGCGUUUGAAGUUUUGUUGAGGCAUUGUUGCACAUCUGUGACAUCGUCUCUUCAAAAUGGCUUCUGGACUCCGGAAAAGGACACCUCGUCUUUUGUUCAGGGAAAACCUGAAGCCUGCUAAUCUCCUUCCCUCUAAGUUCCAGAAGGAGAAGUUUCUGGACACGAAGAAGGAGGCCAACACUGGGAGGAGUGGUCUGCCCAGAAUUGGCCCAAUUCUAGACACGAGUGAGACUGCUCAGAAGCUGCCGCCAGUUCCCCCGAAACAGAGCCUGUUUCGGGUUUCCCCAUCAGAGCUGGUAUUUGAGAACUUCGUCGCUCAUGAGGUCUCUGAAAUGGAGCUGGCUCUCACAAAUAAGGACAAGUUUCUCCAGCUGGUGAAGAUCUCCAUGGAGUUAUCACCUCACUUCAGGCUGGCGUACGCCAGUGUGUCUUCCCUGCAGUUUCUCCAGCUGGUGAAGAUCUCCAUGGAGUUAUCACCUCACUUCAGGCUGGCGUACGCCAGUGAUGCGUACCAUACGGUACCACCAGGCGCGACCAUCCGUGUGCGCAUCCAGUUCACCCCUGACGAGAGCAAGGAUUAUUCUCAUGAGCUCGUCUGCAUCACCAAAAGAGAGAGGAUAGUUGUGCCAAUUCGGGCCAUUGGUGCCCGAGCUAUCCUUAACAUCCCUGACCAGCUGGACUUCUCAAAGUGUUGGGUGAAGUGCAGCACUCAGAAGACUCUGAUGGUUCACAACACUGGUAACCUGGAAGCUCAUUACCAGAUAAGCACCCAGAGUCCUUUCUCCGUGGUUCCAACCACGGGAACCCUGGGCGCUGGUGACAGCAUGCAGGUGACAGUGGAAUUUCACCCACUGACAACUGGUGACCAUUUUGGGUCCGUGGUAGUGUGCUACAACAAAGGUGAAGAAAGUAUCCACACAAACCUUCACGGAGAAGCUCUAGAUGUCAACAUUGGGUUGAGCACAUAUUCCGUGGAUUUUAAGAAGACUUUCAUCACCAUGUCAAACCACACAACCAUGUUCAUUGAAAACAGGAGUAACAUCACAGCCCACUUCCAGUGGAAGACUUUCCUUAGUGAGGAAGAUGACAAUAGAGAGAAGAGGAGGCAGUGUGAUUUGCUGCAGCCACCAAAAGAGGUCUGGGUGGAGAACUUAAUGGAGGAGAGAAGAAUAGCGAUGAAGACGGGCUUCUGUGAAGAUCGCACUGCCAUCCUGAAAAGGAAGGUCCAGAAGAAGAUGGCAAAGGUGCAAGAAAACCCCAUGCUGUUCUCCAGUGACAUUUUUUACAUUGAGCCAAUGGAGGGGGUGAUUGGGCCAAAUAGUUCAGCCGAAAUCAAGGUGACCUUUAAACCCCAAAAAGCCCUAGAGUAUCGAAGUGUGGCUUACUGCAAUAUCUCAGGCCGUGGGAGCAGGCUGCCCCUGCACCUCCGAGGGGAAGGCCAAGGACCCGUGGUUGAAUUCAGCCGUCAAAUGCUGAAACUUGGGAACAUUUUUGUCAACACCUCCCACGUCUAUGAGGUGAAACUCAUUAACCAAGGAGUUCUUGAUGCUCCCUUUGUCUAUAUCCCUUCAACCACAAAUGUGGGCUGCUGUUUCAAGUUUACACCCGAGAAGGGUGUCAUUGAACCAGGUGGGAUCCAGACUAUUCAGAUCUCCUUCAGUGCCACCAUACUGGGGGUGUUUGAGGAACAAUUCCAUUUCAGUGUGUCUGAAUCUCCUACGCCUGUGAUCCUGACAAUUGGGGGCUGUGUCAGUGGACCGACUUUACACUUCGACGUCGGUGAGCUCCACUUCGGUGACAUCUCCUUCGGCUUUCCCCACACCAUGACCUGUCGCCUCACUAACACCUCCCCGGUGUCCGUGACGUACAAGCUCCGCAUGUCAGACGAUGGCACGCAGCCUGCUGUCAGCAGCUUUGAUCAAAUCUGCAAGGAAGGUGACCCAUCGUGGAGGAAGGGAAUUCAUUUUUAUGUGGAGCCAAGGGAGUUUACAAUGAAUCCCAGCCAAGGGACCAUCCUCCCCCAGGGACACCAGGAUAUCGAGGUGACCCUGUGUUCCAACACAGUGAUGGAAUACUACCGGAAAAUGCUGGUGGACCUGGUGGGCCUGGAGGGUAUUGGCAAGGAAGUGGCAUCAGUGAUCAUCUCAGCCAGCUGUCUGGUUCCUGAGCUGAAAGUGUACCCCCAACUCAUGCGGUGCAAUAAGUGCCACCUGAAGGAGCCAUAUGAGAAGAAGUUCAUCAUUAUGAAUAAAACCGACAUUCCUGGCUGCUACGGGCUUAUCCCCCAGAAACGCAAGGAGGACUCUCCUGUGUUGUACUCCAGCCCCAAACCCUGUGGCAUUGUCCAGCCUCGCAGCACUGCAGAGAUUCCGGUUACGAUCGAAGUCCAAACAUUGGGCGAUCAUCGCACCAAGGUUCUUAUUGGCGUGUUUGGGGAUGAAAGAAGCCCACUGAGAGCAGAAAUACUGAGCUCUGGACAGCUGGCAGAAAUCUACGGAACUCCAAGGGUGAUACAGUUCGGCAUGAUCCCGGCUCUACAGCCUAAUCCACAAAGUCUUACCCUCUUCAACAAAGGUCUUGUCCCUACAGAAUUCAGGAUAGAGAUCCUUUAUAAACCCCAGUGCUUUGUUAUUGAGCCCAAAGAAGGAGUGAUCCCUGCUAGGGGUGAAGUUCCUGUGACUGUCACAGCAAUCCUGGAUGACGUUGGGAUUUUUGAUGACUCUAUGCAGCUGUUCAUUAGGAACAGCCUUUGGGCCCUCUUUGUACUGAAGGCUGUGAGCACUGGCACCACAAUUGUCAUAGACAAACCAUUUGCCCCGGAGCUCAACUUGGGAUACCAAUUCAGCCGCGUUCCCUGUAUUCGUCGGCUCAAAUUAACAAACAGAGGCCAACAUUUCCAACGGCUUCUCUGGAGAGUGGAAUGCUACAGACCACCCAAGAAGAAGUGCAAGAGCGUCUCAGCCCUCAGUAGCUCCAAGACCAAAGAUGAUUCUGAGACCCCCAAGCGUACCACCCCCGUGUUUGGGCUGGAGCCAGGGUCAAAGCACCUGUACCCAGGCGAGUCUGUGGACGUGGUGCUGCGAGGCUUCUCCCACAUCCCACAGGAGGUGCAGGAGUAUGCGGAGUGUGAAGCUGCCAUUGGGACAAGCACCAUGACGAAGAAGAUAAUAAAAGCAAUCAUUACCUGCAAGUUUAUUGAUCCCUCUAUAGAAGUAUCAGCCAGAAAAUUCUCCUUCCGGGUGGAGAAGAAACCAAAUGAUGUCCUAACUCUGCAGUACAAGCCUUUGACUUUAAGAAACACCUGCUCCCUGCCGCUCGACCUCAUGCUGUACUUGGAGCAGCCGUUUAUGGUCUGCAGUGUGGACCAGCAGCCCCUCCCAGAUGGCCAGCCUGUGAGAGUGGGUGUAGGACAGACCUGUCAUCUCUACAUUGCGUUUGACCCAGCUUAUAAUCUGGAUUUUAAUAGCUGGAAAGAAAAGAAGGUUCUGAAGAUAAAUAUGGUCAGGAGCCAUCGUUAUGUGGAGCAUAUCAUCCUUUGGGGAGAAGCCCACUUCCCAAAUCUCCAAAUCCAGCCCAGCACCCUGGAGUUUGGCUGCAUUGUGGCUGGAACUGAAACAGUGCAUUCUCUGAAGAUGACCAACUGCAGCCCCCUUCCUGUCAAGUACCACUGGUCAUUCCAGGCAGACAGCCAGGUGUACAAGUUCAGAUAUGGGCCUAACCCACAUAAAGUCAAACCCCAACCACCAAAGGUGAAGAGCACCUGUUUGGAUUGCUCAGCAUCUGGAAAUGAGGAGGAGCCAGACACCAUGAAAAAAGCACGGCAUCUUCUCCAAUGUUUAGCAUCAAAGGAGACAGAAAAGCGUCUGGCUGGAAAUGUUUAUCUGGCUAAUAGCAGUCCCUCUCUUCCCAGCAUUCCUAACCUGGAGCCGAGUCACAGGAGGGUGCGGGUGAUUCUGAAGGGCAGAGCCCGGGACCAGAAGAGUUUUGAUAGAGAGAAACGCUCUGCCUUACGGCAGGCAGAGGAAGGCCAGAGACCCAAGAAGCAGGUGCGCUGGCAGCCAACACCCGAGUGA